GAGGCUUAGGGCGACACUCUUGGUUGUCAGGGGUUGGGUAGCUGUUCGCAAGUGACUGGCGCCGUUAUGUCUGGCCGUGGCAAGCAAGGAGGCAAGGCCCGCGCUAAGGCCAAGUCGCGCUCGUCCCGCGCCGGCCUUCAGUUCCCGGUGGGGCGAGUGCACCGCCUGCUGCGUAAAGGCAACUAUGCCGAGCGGGUGGGGGCCGGCGCGCCGGUCUACAUGGCAGCGGUGCUCGAGUACCUGACGGCGGAAAUCCUGGAACUGGCGGGCAACGCGGCCCGAGACAACAAGAAGACGCGCAUCAUUCCCCGUCAUCUCCAGCUGGCCAUCCGCAACGACGAGGAGCUGAACAAGCUGUUGGGCAAAGUCACCAUCGCCCAGGGCGGCGUUUUGCCCAACAUCCAGGCGGUGUUGCUGCCGAAGAAGACGGAGAGUCACCACAAGGCGAAGGGCAAGUGAGGCUAGAGCGUCCGGAAGCCCAUGCAGCCCCCGUCUCAAAAGGGGCACCUGUGAAAUCAAAAGGCUCUUUUAAGAGCCACCCA